UCAAUUCACGUCGACACCUUCUUCGCUUUCUUAUGACCCCGCUGACUCUCUGUCUGCUUCUCUUUUCCUUUUCAAUGUAUAUUAAUUCAUUUCCAUACACUUUGAAACUUCAAAAAAAUUACCAGACAACCCAAAAAAACCUCCGUGCAACUGUUUUUCUCAAACAGCCCACUUUAAUCUUCAUUUAUUAUUAUUUACGGGUUUAGGGAGACCAUGAUGAACGAUUUUCCCGCCAUUUUCCCUCUUUGAAUUUUGCUGCUAUUUUUCGACGUCUCUUCAGAGGAAUUUUCCGGUGAAAAAACGAUAUUUUUUCGGCGAGUGAGUUGUUUCCGUUCGAUGGGGAUGACUAAAUUGAAAAGCUUUUCGCAAAGAGAGGGUGCUCUUUUAGGAUACAGUCCGCAGCAGAGCUCGUUGGGAUCUACGCCCAGAAGCCCUUACAGAAACCCCGAUGUGGAUUUCGAUGACGUUUUUGGGGGUCCACCGAGGAGGUCAUCAAUGCCAGAAAUAAGGCAGAGUUUCAGCGCCGUGAAUGGCGACCAUGAAGCCUGGUCGGGUCUGAGUGAGAACCCAGUGUUCGGCUCCUCCCCAAGCCGAAGACGAUACCCAAGCCAUGACUUCUUCAACGACAUAUUUAGAGGCGAUGAAUCUGUGACUUCCACUCCAAGAGAGCAGGAAAGGGAACCAGGUUCCUGGGUUUUAAGCCCAGCCCAUCCUCUGCCGCCCAAAGCCGAGCCUUUUGCCAGUUCUUCAAUUUUUCCUCAGUUCAGCCUCACACCCAAACUGAGUAGAGGAAUGGGCUUGCCCACGUUUGGUUCAUCUUCUCGUAGCCUGAAUAAGUCCAAGGAUGGUGCUUCAAAUGGGAUACCUUCUCCUGGUAUUGCUCCUUCUAGAUUCUCAAGCCAAGCUAUCCAUGGUAUUGAGGAUAUGAAAAACGACACUCGAUUACCUUAUGGCCAAAGCCUCCUGUCUCAGGAGCUAUCUCUUAGCAAUAAGGAGUUUUUAAACUUGUCUGAAUCUGAUAAAAUAGACGCAAAAGGGAAUUCGGAAAAGGAAUCGGAGAGUAAAGAAGAUUCCACUGGUAGCCGUUUUCAUUUUUCAAUAUAUAAGUGGGCAAGCAAAGGAGCUCCUUGGGAGAUACCUAUUAGGGGGGGAAAUAAUUCAAGAUUGAAAGAAAGGGUUAAAACUGAGCAACUCUCAAGAAGUAAUGGAAUUGUAGAUGAUGAAAGUAUGGCAAGGGGAUCAUCGAAACCUGCUGUGCAUGAUGCUUCCUCCAAUGAUCUUCUAUUUCUAGAUGCUAAGUCCUCCAGGUUUGAACACUGCAAACCAGAAAAUGAUUUGCAUCUUAUAGAACUCUCCUUGGAUGAAGAAAUAAAAUGUCAAAGUAGUGAAGAAGCCCUUGGAUCAGAAAGACUCAGCAGCCUUCAAAGUGCUGUCAAAGGUGAUCCUUGUUAUAACAUCUUGUGCGAUACAAAUGAACAUAUGAAAUCUAGUUCCACACUUGAAAGAGGUUUGCAUGGAAAAAUAGAGAAAAAAAUUUAUGUGAGUACAGAAGAUGCUCAAAAGACUAAGCUGAAACCUCUACAUUCCCUGUUCUCUGAUGAUGAUUUUGAACAAGGCAGUGAUGAAGUUGCUAAAAUAGGAAUUAAAGAGGAAAGCAUAGCUCAAAACACUGAAAAUUCAUCUGCAGUUGUUGAUGAUGGCGAAACGGUAAAGAAACAGGAUGGGAAAGGAACUUCCUUUGUAAGUUCUGUAGUGAAUAAAAGUAGUUUACAGAGUUCACCAAUGAAGUCCAAAGAGAAUCAAGGGAGAACAAAAGUUAAGGGAAAGGUCAAAGAAUUUGUUAAAUUUUUCAACCAAGAAACUUCACCGAAAACAAAAGUUGGUUUUCGCUAUCAACGUCAGAACUCUAAACAGAAGGAAAAAAGCACUUCUGUAGGAGGUAAUGAAGAGAGUACUAGCAACAUUAAAACAGAUGAGAAACGGCAGACGACAGACGUUAAUAAUAAGCUGCCAGAUGCUUCUAUUAUGAAGGAUGAAGAGCUCAAAAGGUCAGCGAAAGGACAUGCUUCUGUAAAGACUGCAAGCUAUAUCUUUAACAAAACGUUUGGAAUAGACAGCUCUGCAUCUAAUACUGGUUCGUCUCCUCAUGACUCUAAAGCUGCAGUCGGAGAAACAGAUGAAUCCUUCCAUGGGAACUUCCAGAUAAAAGAAUUACCUCUGGGCGAGAAUGAACUGCCACGAGCUAGCAACAAUGAUGAAGAAAUACGGGCUAUAGAUGCUAAAAUACGACAGUGGAAGAAAGGAAAGGAAGGAAACAUACGCUCGCUGCUAUCAACUUUACAAUUUGUCCAUGGAAUGCAGGUACUUUGGGCCGAGAGCGGCUGGAAGCCUGUACCCCUUGUUGAUAUAAUUGAAGGAAAUUCAGUGAAAAGAGCAUAUCAAAGGGCUCUACUCUGUUUACACCCAGAUAAGCUACAACAAAAAGGUGCAGCUUCCCAUCAAAAAUACAUGGCAGAGAAAGUUUUUGAUUGUUUGCAGGAAGCAUGGGACUAUUUCAACUCACUGGGUUCGGUUGAAUGAUUGGUUUUGUGGAUAAGAGUCUACACUGGUUUCUUGCAAGCUGUGAUGAAAAAUAAUGGACACUUGGUAUAAUGCCUUUGGACAAGUUCUACACUGUCCUGCUGCCGAGGCAUGGGCGCUGCUAGAGCCUGUUUGGUUGGACCUUGGGACGUCCAAAAAGGUUUGUAAAAAUGGUCUAAUCUAAUGCAGGUAACCGUGGUAGACGUGUCCAAAGUGGGUUCCACUAUUGACAUUAUCAUGAUCUAUGUGAAGCAGCUAUGGACCAAAAACAUGGGAUUGUUCCUUCGGUAUCAAACUUCGGGUUUGAAGUUUUUGGACCCUCCUUUUUGUCAUUUUAUUGUGGAAGGUAGAAGUUGGGACCUUGGUGAAUAUUUUCUAUGCUUUAGAUCCUUUGAAUUCAAAUAUUGUAGCAACUAGCCACUAUAUACAAACCCUUUUCGAUUUAUGACCCAAAAAAGCUUCUAAAGGUAGAGUACGGUCCUGAAAGCUUGAGUAACGUUUACUACAGCAGGAAAGAUAUCAUCUGUGAUCUGUCUAUGGCAGCUCAGCUCCCUCUUGUGGUUAAAUCAGUGACUAAAAAACGCAAUGAUAAGAAUGUGUGAAGAAGAGGUACAAAUAUUCUUCUUCAUUUUUGAA